CUUUCCCUGCUGGAAGCCGUUUGACGAGCAGGGGCGAGCGUCUGCCCCGCCCCGGGCACCUUUCCUCUGACCCCGGCUUUCCAAAAGGACGCAGGAAAGGGAAGCGACGUCCUGGCGCGCGUGUUUACGCGGGGCAGCGCGUCCCUCCACUCUCUCCAGCAGCACCUCGCGGACUCCCCGAUCCCGCCGCCUGCCACUCCGACCGCCGCCUGCAACUCCCGCCAAGUCCGGGGCCCCGCGGGCAACUUGCGUGGCUGCACCCGCCGCCGCCGCCGCCAACCCGCACACCCCGGGCGGCGGACGGGCCGCCAGGCUGGCUCCCAAGGAACGCGCCCCCUCCGCGGCCGGCCCGCCCUCCCCCGGGGAGCCCGCGGCCUCGGGAACCAUGUCGGGCAGGUCCGUCCGAGCCGAGACCAGGAGUCGGGCCAAAGAUGAUAUCAAGAGGGUCAUGGCGGCUAUCGAGAAAGUGCGCAAAUGGGAGAAGAAGUGGGUGACGGUGGGUGACACGUCCCUGCGAAUCUACAAGUGGGUCCCCGUGACGGAGCCGAAGGUUGACGAUAAAAACAAGAGCAAGAAGAAGGGCAAAGACGAGAAGUGCGGCUCGGAGGUGACCACGCCAGAGAACAGCUCCUCCCCUGGGAUGAUGGACAUGCACGAUGACAACAGCAACCAGAGCUCCAUCGCAGACGCCUCCCCCAUCAAGCAGGAGAACAGCAGCAACUCCAGCCCUGCGCCCGAGCCCGCCCCCUCCGUGCCCUGCGAGGGCAGCAGCACCAAGGCCGAGGAGGCCCCGGCCGAGGGCAAGGAGCCCCCCGGGGCCGAAGAGGCUUCCGACGAGCAGAAUUCGCAGUCUUCCGCGGAGAACUCGGCGAGCAGUGCGGAGAAGGCCGAGCGGCAGCCGUCUGGGGACCCGGGCCUGGCUGCAGAGACGCCCUCCAUCGCUCAGGAUUUGGAAGGAGGGCCGCCCUCUAAAAAGAUGAAACUGGAGGCUUCCCAACAAAGCUCGGAGGAGAUGUAGGCGUGCGGGGGAUCCGGGCUCCGGUCCGCGCGUCCCGGGAGACCCCUCAGCAGGCUGGCUUCUGGGCUGACGGCCCCGAGCGAGCCCUCGGUGAGACCGCGGACUUCCCAGGCUUACCGCGUGCAAACCCAAGCGAACCCAGCGCGGCGCGGCCUCGCCCGGACACUGCGGACCCUCCCGCCGAGGGGCAGAACCCGCGGAUCUCGAAGCGACUGUCCUUGUGGAGGCGGGCCGGCCUCGGGGGUGUGGGGCACUGUCUCCGAAGCCAAGGUUCCGUUUGCGUUGCUGCUGUACCGUCUUUCCUCGCCCCACCUCUCCCCCCUCCUCACGACAUCAGCGACCAGCGACCAGAGGGCGGCUCCCACCAGGAGUUCACGCUGCGUCCCACCGGUCCCUCCUCCCCGCUUUCCUUUCCUGUGCCUUGUGCCCUCGAGGCGACCUCCGGCAUGUUUCCCCAGUGGUUCUGCAUCUCCCUUUGCGAAGUGCCCUCUCGGCUCCGCGGAGGCUGCCAUGGCCCCCGCCCUCGCGUCUCGCUCCCCCCGUCCCAGGACUUCAUUGGGCGCAGAGCAGGCUGGGGAGGAGGAGGAGGAGAGCAGCGGGACCUCCUCGGCCACCUGCCCAGCCUCCAUGGUUCGGUCCGCGGAGCCUCUGGUGUCAGGGCAUCUCUCCCCCCAGCACCGGCGACUCGAUACACUCACUUCCUCCUUCCCCGGAGCCUCUGAACCUGGCGUUUCCCCCGGACACGCGGAGCCCCUCCAUCCUUCUGGCGCUUCCACCCUCUGCCGCCGCCCCACCUCCGAAGAUGGGGGGGAUGUCUGUGGCCGACUGCGGGACCGUCUCCAGAUGACAGGCUGGGAGGCUGGGAGCGGCGGCAGGAGAAGCUGGUGUUCUCAGAGGAUUCCAGAUCCACAGGGAUCCGCUGCCCUGGGCCUCCCCAGGCCCUUGCCCCCCCCCGGGGGGGGGGGGGGAAGGGGUCAAGAUUGCGAUCCAGGAAGCCCGCUUGCUUCUGCAUAACGUUCCGGACACCACCACCACCGAGCCAGCCGCUGGGUCCUCUUAUUCCCAGGGUCCCCUGUGGUCGGUCCCCCCAAGAAGGCCAGAAGGGAGGCACCGAGGAGCGGAAAGCUUUGCCCUCCAAGAAGCGGGGAUUGAACCCCUGCCUCCGCCUCUGCCCGCCCGGGGCAGCUGCUUCUCAGUCAAGGGAAACACAGCCCCUUGGACCAGCGGCCUGAGUGUCUGGCUCGGAGGCAGCCUGGUUGCUCUCCGUUCCUCUGUGGCCCUCUCAGCCCCUCGCCCGGUUCCCGGGUUUCUCUCCCGCCCUGGAGGCCGCCUCCCUCAGAGCUGUGUGUGGUGGGGAGGGAGGGGGGAGGAUUGAGAGGGUUUGUUGGCGCUUUCUGGUUUUUGUUGUGUUUUGUUUAUUUUGCUAACUGGUGCAUAUUCAGGUUCCACCUUGGACGCGGGGAUCUCUCUCCUGGCCACCAUGCGUCUCUGAGGGGGAGGCUCUCCCUCUCGCCCGUUUCCUGCACUUCGAGAAGAAUCAAAAUGUUCCUGAAUUUCAAAUACCUCAUGCAAAAGCGUCUCCCGAGAUAAGGGGAAA